CCCCCAAACCAUCCUUCCCAUGUCACUUCUAUGGUAUUGAGUCCAAAAUAGAGCAACCGCUUCCAGCCUGUGCGACAUGUGGCCUACAAAUGACAUCGUCUGGUCUUUAAGACCCCACGUUUAUUUCAUUGUGGACCCUGACACGUAAGCUUAUCCUCCCUGGCACAUUCCCCGUCCUCUUGUUUUCUUCAAAAAACUAGACUAGGCAAAACCAGUAGAAGCUGAUUCACUCUACUUCCUAAAAACUAUGGUUGAAAGCUCCAAAGCUCUAACUCAACACAGAUUCUUUCUCCUUAUUAAUACUCGAUAAGCCUCUCCUCCAUAUUUUCUCCACUACAAGCAAAAAACUAUCAGUGAUAAACAACAUUGCUCUCACAUCAACUCAAACAAAACUUUUCCAUUUUUCUCUUCAUCAUCAUCACCACCUAAAUGGCUUCAUCUUCUGCAGAGUCAUCGAGAAGAGGAGCAAAGAGGCAACGCCAAAACAACCGCAACCAUCAUGAUGAUUCCUGGGUGUUUGAUGUUCACAGUGAUCUCGUGGAGGAAAUCUUCACUCACCUGCCAAUACGGCAGUGCGUGCAGAUAGGGAUGGUGGCCAAGGAGUUUCGGGGAACAUGGCGGAAAUGCCGAAAUCUCGACUUCGGGAGAGACUUCGCGGCCACCCAACCCCACCGGUUGGCUUACAGCGCCGCCGUGGAUCAUGCCAUUGAAUCCCACCACAAAGAGGGAAAGAUCAAAACCCUCCAGUUAUGUUUCGAUCCGUCCGAUGUUGAGUUUCUUCUUGAGAAGUGGGUUCGGAAAUCGGUCAAGAAAGGAGUCGAGGAGCUCGAUCUCGACAUCUUUCAGGCGACGGUGUCGUUUUGCGUCCCUACUAAUGCUGAAGAGGCAAAGCUAAAAGAGCUUAAGCUCUAUUAUUCGGUGAUCCAUAUGCUAUUUAAUUUGAAGGCUCUGGUAUCUCUGACCACCUUGGUUUUGAGGCAGGUUGAUCUGACGGACCUGAUCAUUGAGGUUGUGUUCAAGAACUGUGUCCAUCUCGAGACCUUUGACAUGGCUGACUGCUAUGGAGUAAGAAAUAUGAAGGUGAAGGCGAACAACAGAUUUAAGGUGUUAAUGGUUGGAGACACUGGGUUUUUAUUACUCUGCAAGGUUUUUGACGAGACAACGAGAGGAGCACUGACGUUUGGGUGACACAAGGGGGAGAGUUUAAGGACACCUAGAUUAUGUGUAUGGGGCAAACUCUAGUUACUUGUUCGAGUUGUAAUAGAGUUAGGCUUAUAGAUAUCUUCUUAGAUAUUCUAAUCAUUGUAUGAUUAUGUUUUCUUGUAAGACUCUGAUUCUUUGCUUGUAAUCCUCUAUAUAAAGAGGCCCCUUAUUAUCAAUGGAAUACACAAUUCAUUCCCCCAAUUCCCUCUACUGUUCUUUCUGCAUAUUCAAAUUUCCUAAAACAGGAAAAAAUUUUUAAACAUUGAAAGAAAGAAGACAAAAAAAAAAACUAGUCUUUAACAUGCCACA